AAAGACGAACUAGAAAUAUCAAAAAAUGACAUUAAUUGUCAGUGCAGUCAAUGACAUUAUUAUGUUUUUUGGGGAUUCGAAUUCCAGAAAAUUCUGUACCAAUACGUAUGCAAUCUUCAAAAGUCUAAAUCCUAUACAGCGUUUACACACUGCACAUGCUCUAUGCAAAAAUGGCUGCCGUGGUGGCAAAAGCCAAAAUUGAUUCGGCGAGUGCGAAUGGCGAUAAAAGACAAAGCGUCAAAGCAUAUUGUCUGCACACGGUACGCGCAACAAGUAACAACAAGUAACAACGGCAACAGCCAACAGGAACAACAAAGGCAAAACAAGCCGAACAAACAACAAAUAUUGAAUUAUUGUCCUGCGCCCUGCCGACGUCGCCACGGGAACGCUGUGCGCCGUGUUUACUGUUUACCAAAGGUCCAAGGUCAACGUCGAAAUCUCUCGACGACCGGCACCAGUGCACAACUAUUCCCGACUUACAGUACAGUAAUCCGAAGACGCCAUUAUCGUUUUUUUCAACGUUGUUUGACCGGAGUACAGAAUUUUUUCCGGAAAUAUCGUCGAACAAUGGCCAUGCAGUUUAAAAUCGACAGCAACAACCACGUCGGCCAGGUGCUGAAGAUCGACAACACGUUAACAGCCAAUGGAUACGAGAACAACCACGAAUUGAGAAACAAUUUACGAUUGAUAAUUGACGAGAUUGGAAAAAGUUCAGCCAUUGCUCAACAUUUAGAGACUCCGAUUACCAGUGCAGAAAAGCUUAUUAAUUCUGAUCAUGUUAUUUACAUGAUGACCGAACAAAAUACACCGGCUAAUUUUGCUGUUAUUGGAUUUUUGAAGAUGGGAUGGAAAAAGUUGUUCAUUUACAACAAACAAGAUACCUGUUCUGAAACCUUGGUUUAUUGUAUGUUGGAUUUUUACAUCUAUGAGUCUAAACAACGUCAAGGUUAUGGAAAACGAUUAAUUGAAUAUAUGUUACAGGAUAUAAAAUUACAUGCCAGGCAUUUGGUUAUGAAUAAGCCAACUACUAAUCUAUUGCAGUUUAUGUUGAAAAAUUUUCAACUAUCAAAAUUGGUAAACCAAGGAAACAAUUUUGCUAUCUAUGAGGAUUUCUUUGAUGAAUUUGAUGAAAACCAUGAUAAUACUGGAAACAGAACAUCAGGAUAUAAUCGUCCACCAACAUUUGGACGCCAUGGGGCUCAUAAACAUCAUGAUUCAAUGGGUGAAAUUAUACAAAAUACAGGACCUUCUUCUUCUGUGAUGUACAAUCAUAACAAUGAUUUUGUUCAUAACCAGUUCAAAGAAGUGAAACCGCAUACUGAAGAAGCUUUAGGCUCACUUCAAAUCAAUAAGUAUGGUGACUAUGUGGAGCGAGAUCUUAAAUACCAUCACAGCUCUACAUAAUGCAAAAAACUAUUGAUUUAAGUUUAGAUUACUGCUUUGCAUUGGUACAAAAUUAUAGAUUCAAACAAUAUUUUACUUUAUAGUAGGUUAAAUUGACAUAUUAUAUUUAAAUAAUUAGUAAUUACUAUUGGUAAUGGGAACAAAAUAUUCAAUAUUUUUGUUUUUCUAAAUUAUUAAUUGCAUUUAUGUCAUUCUAAUUCAACUAACAUAAUGUUUUAAUAAAUUUUUUUACAUCAUACCUUUUUUAAUGCACUAUCAAUUAUUAUGGUGAUAAACACAUAAGCUUUACUUUAAUAUAUAUUUACACGUCUUGAUAAUUGUAUGGACUUUAGCAAUUAUCUAAAUAUAUUUCAAUUCCUAUUUAA